GUGCUUUCACACCAUGGACAAGCGAAAGAAGGUGGUGCGAGAGUUGAAGGGGUUACCCAAAUGCGACCUGACAGGCUUCCCACAAAUACUGGGCGAGGAUCGUCACUGGAACCAAGUGGUAUUUCGUUUGCACGCACCCCGAGGCAACCAGUGUCACCACUGCCACCGCCUCAUGGAUCAUCGGUUAUCGGUAAGGGGAAAAAAGGGUGUUUUGGUUGUGAUGGGUUGAAAAAAAAAUUGCUGCUUUUUUUUCUUGGUUUCAGAUUGGCAUGAUGGUGGAAAUGGCGCGUCAACCCCCCAAUCUCGACAACCUGAUGAACGAGGGCAUUGCGUUUGUCAUUGACAAGUUCAAACAUCGGAUCCCCCAGUGUCCCAUUGGAAAACGUCCCGUCAUGAUUGGAAGGAGGAAGGCCUCGUACAAUACCAUUGACAGUCAUGAAACGCUUGGACUUGAUCAUGAA